UCCAAUCUUUUGAUUUGGUACACCCAGACAGCGGCCCGGUCCGUAUGGAUAAGCAAAAUCAGAAAAUCGGCAAUUUAGUCAUUUUCACAUUCACCAUUGAUUAUCCUACACUAUAAAUAGCGUCACCCCCCCUUCAAAACCCUAGCUUCAGCUGCAUUUCCUCCACAUUUUAUCUCUCUUCAACUGCGGCUAGGGUUCUUGGAAAGCUCUCGGAACUCUGAAGUUUUAUUUGUGAUAUCACUAUGGGUAAGGAAAAGAUUCACAUCAGUUUGGUGGUCAUUGGCCAUGUCGACUCAGGAAAGUCGACCACCACUGGUCACUUGAUCUACAAGCUUGGAGGUAUUGACAAGCGUGUGAUUGAGAGGUUUGAGAAGGAAGCUGCUGAGAUGAACAAAAGGUCCUUCAAGUAUGCAUGGGUUCUUGACAAACUGAAGGCAGAGCGUGAACGUGGUAUUACCAUUGAUAUUGCCUUGUGGAAGUUUGAGACCAACAAGUACUACUGCACUGUUAUUGAUGCCCCAGGACACAGAGACUUUAUCAAGAACAUGAUUACUGGUACCUCGCAGGCUGACUGUGCUAUUCUCAUUAUUGACUCCACCACUGGAGGUUUUGAGGCUGGUAUCUCCAAGGAUGGUCAGACCCGUGAGCAUGCUCUUCUUGCCUUCACCCUUGGUGUCAAGCAAAUGAUCUGUUGUUGUAACAAGAUGGAUGCUACCACUCCCAAGUACUCCAAGGGAAGGUACGAAGAAAUUGUCAAGGAAGUCUCCUCAUACCUGAAGAAGGUAGGUUACAACCCAGACAAAAUUGCCUUCGUUCCCAUUUCCGGGUUUGAGGGUGACAACAUGAUUGAGAGGUCCACCAACCUUGACUGGUACAAGGGACCAACCCUUCUUGAGGCUCUUGACUUGAUCAACGAGCCAAAGAGGCCUUCAGACAAGCCCCUCCGUCUUCCACUUCAGGAUGUCUACAAGAUUGGAGGUAUUGGAACGGUGCCAGUGGGACGUGUUGAAACUGGUGUGUUGAAGCCCGGUAUGCUUGUUACCUUCGGUCCUACUGGAUUGACCACUGAAGUUAAGUCAGUUGAGAUGCACCACGAGUCCCUCCCAGAGGCUCUUCCUGGUGACAAUGUUGGUUUCAAUGUCAAGAAUGUUGCAGUCAAGGAUAUCAAGCGUGGAUACGUUGCAUCUGACUCAAAGAAUGACCCUGCUAAGGAGGCAGCCAACUUCAUUGCUCAGGUCAUCAUCAUGAACCACCCUGGUCAGAUUGGAAAUGGAUACGCCCCAGUGUUGGACUGUCACACCUCUCACAUUGCUGUCAAGUUUGCCGAGCUUGUGACCAAGAUUGACAGGCGUUCAGGUAAGGAACUUGAGAAGGAGCCCAAGUUUUUGAAGAAUGGUGAUGCUGGUAUGGUAAAGAUGAUUCCCACCAAGCCAAUGGUGGUGGAGACAUUCUCACAGUACCCACCCCUUGGUCGUUUUGCUGUCAGGGACAUGAGACAGACUGUUGCUGUUGGUGUUAUCAAGAGUGUUGAGAAGAAGGACCCAACCGGAGCCAAGGUUACCAAGGCUGCUCUCAAGAAGAAGUGAAUGGCUUUUGCUGCAUCAGUUGAGGCGGGUUAUCGUUGCAGUUCUGAGUAUUAUACAAACAUUAUAUCUGUUAGUAGUUGCUGUGUGUCUUAUUUAGACUUGUGUUCUCUUUGUCGUAAACUUUUGUGGUCAGUGUCUUCUGGCACCUAUUCUCAGAAUUGGGUGCUGGAUAGACGGUGGCAUGAUUUUGGUCAUUGGUACUAUGUGUUUUCCUGUGUUUAGUCUUUGUGUCAAAUACCCUUUGAGGUAUAGUUCAUGUUAACAAAACUGCAUCUGCCAUUAUCAAAUUUAAGUACUUAAUUAAGAGUGUUAUUUCUUA